GUAGAACUCAACUCACAGGCAGGACAGAGAGAGAGAGACCCAGUGAAGACCUUUAAAGAAGUGAAGCUACAACUGAAGACUUCAGAAGGCUAUCACCAUGGUGACAUUGACCAUCAUUCUGCUUGUCAGCACAGCUUUUGCUCUGGGAGACACCUUUGUUCCCCAUGUCUAUCAAGAUGGCAUCUCACACCUCAAGACCCGCUGUGAGCGUGAAAGAGAUGCCGCGACACAUGGCCCAAUAGGAGGCUUCAUCCCCACUUGUGACUACAAUGGACAAUACACCCCUGAGCAAUGUUGGGGCUCUACAGGUUACUGUUGGUGUGUGAACAGUUCUGGACAGAAGAUUCCGGGCACUGAGACUCCACCAGGCACUGCUAUCAACUGUUCCACCAAGAUGUGGACGUAGAUGAAAAGCGUUGGAACGAAGACGUUGAAGACUUGACAGUUGUCUUUGCUGUACUACAGGAACUAAUUCACUUUCCAUACAAAUAAAAUAAAUCCAGAGAUACAA